AUGAAGCUGCUCGUCGGCGCGGCGGGGGUGAAUACGCCCAACUUUGUGCUGCUGGAAAACACGGAGGGGCUGGCGAAGAAGUGUCGCCACCUCCGCUUUCCUGUGAUUGUGAAGCACCUUUCUGGCUACGCCUCGGUGGGAAUACACAAGGACAACCGCUGUGACACCUUGGAUGAGCUGAAGGUGAAGGUGCAGGCCUUUUUGGGGGAGUUUAACCACGCCCUCGUCGAGGAGUUUAUUCGCGGCCGCGAGGGCACCGUCCUCGCCUGCGCGGACAGCGGCAGCCAGUUUGGGGUGAAGGUCUUUAAGCCGCUCAUGUUUAAGUUCCUGGAGAACGACGACGACUUUGCCUACUUUGAGAAGAAGUGGACGAUGGAGUGCGACGACAGCGCCUACGGCUUCCUGCCGCACAACGACCCUGCCUACCCCCUCAUCAUCGACACCGCCCGCAACGCGUUUCGGCACAUCAUGAACGGCGUCGGCUACGGCCGCGUGGACUUCCGCAUCGACGCCAAGGGGGACGUGUACUUUCUGGAGAUCAACCCCAACUGUGGGAUGUGGUACGACGAGAAGGACGGCGGCGACUUUGCGGAUGUGAUGGUGCAGGGCGACAAGUCGUGGGACCACGACCGGUUCAUUCGCAACGCCAUACUCCGCGCGGUGCGGGAGCAGGCGGCGCGGCGCCCGUGGUACUUCAUCAGCCACGACUCGAAGGGAAACUUCUCCACGCGCGCGCGCAAGACGGUGCGGGCCGGCAAAAGCCUCUUCUGCGACGCCGUCCACCCCGUCCCUGUCGUUGCCCAGGCGCUCUACAAACUGGGCGAGGAGGACCCCACCGUCGGCUGCGUUAUUCUGCGUGGGGAUCGGCUGCACCAGGCGGUGGCGAUUCGGCACUCGUGUGAGCCAAACAUGCAGUUCAUGCAGGGCCGCACCCUCACGCUGGUGGCGAAGCGGACAAUAAACGUGGGCGAGGAACUGACGCUUGACUACGCCACCCUGUGCGACGAACAAAUGCCGCCCUUUGCGUGCAGCUGUGGGACAAGCAACUGUCGCAGUGUCAUUUUCCCCUCUUCCCCCACGCCUCGCACGCUAGAGGGAAAGAACAUACGGCAGAUGUUGCGGGAAAAGAAGCGGGCGUGGUACAAGGAGAAAGAGGACCGUGAGGCGGAGCGUAUGCUAAAGAAGCGGGCCGCAAGGGGCAAAGGCAGCGGUGCAUCCGCCUCCGCAUCCCUGUCCUCAGCGUUCCCUUCCGUGUCAAGCACGCCAACGGCAGGUGCACCGUCUACUUCCUCCGCUGGAAUAAGUUCGUCUAGCAGCAGCAGCAGCAGCAGCCACAGCGGCAGCAGUGCGCUGCACGGCACAACUGCCAAGAGGUAG